AUGACCUUAGUUGCGCCAUCUCACGAGGGGUUAGUUAUUUUGACAUGGACUUUCACGGGCGCUUGUAUCGUCUUCUCGAUUGGCAGGUACAUCAUUCGGUACAAAAAGGUGGGGAGGUUCUGUCUGGACGACGUGGCGCAUGCCGUCGCGCUUCUUGGACUAGUCGGGUUUGUAGGGACCUAUGUCCAGAUAUUCCCUUACAUCUUUCAACUCUGCGACUAUCUCGAUGGUAAACCUUUCAAGAAGAGCGGGCCAGACUAUCAGACUGUUCUACAGCUUCGCGUCGCCGUUGCUAUCUUGUUCUGGCUAUGCAUCUACGGCGUAAAAUUCGCUUUCCUCUUUCUCUAUCGAAUGCUCUUCGUGGUAUCAAAUAGGAGUAGAAAUGGAAAGAUCUGGUGGUCUAUCGCGGGUUUCACAUCGAUAACCUUCUUUGUCUGUGUCUUCGGAACAUUGACAAUGUGUGGUCCGGUGCGAUACGUUGCAGAUUCAGCCCAUUGUGACUCGGUUAGAAGUGGGCGGGACUCCCUGACGGUGAUUGAGUACACAACUACUCUGCAUAUCGUUUCAGACUUGAUCAUCAUGGCUUUUCCUUUGUUUGUCUUAAAAGAUCUACGCAUUAAGAAGCGUCAGAACGUCGGCUUGAGCUGCCUAUUUUGUCUUGCUACUCUGAUCGUUAUCUUUGAUGUUCUUCGAACAGCCUUCGCUGUCAUACCCUCCGAGCAUGGAGCUGUCAUAAUUCUAGCGACAACAUGUGACAUUCUCGAAGCUUCAGUUGCAGUAAUAGUCUCUUCUCUACCAGUAUAUGGUACGCUACUUGUAUCAAAUCGCCCUCAAAUCGCGAAAGGUCCCCACUGGCCCUCGAACAGUCGGCAAAAGAUGCUCGAAAGCUCCACGAUCAUCAAGAAGUCAGCUGAUCAGGACCCAGAGUACGACACGGCGCGACUUGAGUCUGAUAUCUAG